AUGUUGAAGACUCGUGAAGAGAAAUUGGAUGAAAAAACAACAGAAAUCGAUGCGGAGGCAGGAGCUUCACAAACAGAAGAUAAAAAUGGAAACUCAAAGGUCUUGAAACGGCUUGAAACUGUUCCGGAUAUUAAAAGAGACACAUCGGGCAUUACUACACAAUACAUCGCCACUGGGAUCGUGAAUCUUGGUGCCUUCGCUGCCGGAGCCUGCGUAGCCUGGUCAUCUUCAGCCCUACCAUUGUUCACGAUUGGACAAAUUGAGACACCGGGCAUUCCAGUCACCAACAACGGGACUCAUCCAAAACUAGUCCUGACAGACAAUGAAGCUUCAUGGGUAGCUUCAUUACUGUGUCUAGGAGCACUGUGGGGCGCAGUACCCGCGGGGCUCAUCUCAGAACACUUCGGGAGAAAGAAGACAUUACUGUAUCUCGCUUUACCUCUUCUUGUUUCUUGGAUCCUGGUAGCUUCAAGUCCUAAUGUGUACGGUCUGUACGUUGGUCGGUUCGUGGGUGGGAUUGCCGUUGGAGCCUUCAGUGUCGGCAUCCCUCCAUACGUGGAAGACAUCGCGGAACCACAAAACCUACCAGCCCUCGUCAACUUCUACCACGUUCAUUUCUCUUGCGGUGUUCUCUUUGGAUAUAUUAUUGGUAUGGUCCAAAGCACGUCCUGGCUGUCAGUGUUAUGUGCCAGUAUACCGAUCGCAUAUUUUAUUGCUUUCAUCUUCCUGCCAGAAUCUCCGGCCUAUCUUAUAUCUCAAGGAAAAUCUAGCCAAGCAGAAGCUGCAUUGCGGUACUUCCGUGGAAUUGAUAAUAACGUUGAAGCCGAACUGAAGGAAUUAAAAAAAUAUACAAGAAAUACCGCAAAAAACCGUGUCACAUUCAAAGAACUGUUCAGUACGAGAUCGACUUUGAAAGCUCUCGUUGUUUCAUUUGGAUUGAUGAUUUUUCAACAACUAAGCGGUAUUUAUCCUGUACUAUUUUACGCAGAAAAGAUCUUCAAAAAGUUUUCCAUAUCUCUGUACCUGCCCGGUGCUACUAUUAUUCUUGGUUUCUGUCUCGUAUCGUCUACCUACUUCUCCACAAUGUUCGUGAAAAAAGUGAGACGCCGUGUCUUGUUAUUGGUAUCGUUUUCAGUGAUGUUCCUUAGCUUGGCAGGCUUGGGUGUUUAUUAUCACUUAAAGGCGUCCAACGUCAUAUCUGACAGUACGUGGGUGCCGGUACUCACACUCUGCAUAUUUGUAUCUGUAUACGCGGUCGGUGCCGGACCUAUACCAUGGUUGAUGUUGAGAGAAAUAUUCCCACCACAUGUAAGGAGACGAGCCACAGCAAUCACCGCUGGAUUCCAUUGGUUUUUAGCGUUUGGGGUAACCAAAUUAUAUCAAAAUUUCCUUGACCUGGUAAGCCUCGGGUGGACGCUAUGGAAUUUCUCUGUUAUCUGCCUCAUAGGUACAGCAUUCGUUUAUUUGGUGGUACCUGAGACAAAGGGACGAACGUUAGAGGAAAUUCAAAAUCAGUUUGAAGGUAUUCACAAGACGAAAACACAUAUACAUGUCAUAGAAGUAGAAACUGUUAACAGUUAG